AUGGCCUCAAAACCAAGUAUAGCUAUUGUUGGCGCCGGCCCUGCUGGCCUCACCCUCGGCGCUCUUCUUCAAAAUCAAGACAUUCCCAUCACCAUCUACGAGCUCCGCGACAAACCUGACGACAAUUUUGCAUCAAUCCCCUCUGGCAUGCUGGAUCUCCAUGAUGAUUCCGGCCUUGCUGCCAUUCGAGCAUGCGGUCUAUGGGAUCAAUUCUUGCCCCUUGCUGCCGAUUGUAGCGAGGAUAUGAUUAUCAUGGAUCACCAAGGCAAUGUUACCUACACAGAUUCUGACCCAGGCCAUAAUCGACCUGAGGUAGCUCGCAAUGCUCUCACCUUACUUCUGCUAUCUGCCAACAACCCCAACGCCAUCAAGUGGAAUCACAAACUGCUCAAUGUAACCAGAAACCCGAACAACCAAAUCACCUUGGACUUUGGUAUCAACGGCACCUUUACACACGACUUGGUGGUGGGGGCAGAUGGCGCCUGGUCCAAGGUUCGCGCCAUUGUGACUGACGUUGAGCCUCAACACGGUGGCAUAUACUACACAACUCUGCAUAUUCCCAAUGCGACUGAACGAUAUCCGAAACUGGCAAAUCUUGUCGGCGCCGGCACAAGCUUUAUUCUCGGCGGUAAAAAUGGUCUAGUCACUCAUCGCGGAGUGGGAGGCUCCAUCUGCGUCCACCUCAGUGUCGCAUGUUCCGACGACGACGUCUUUUCUCCGUACAAGGAUAACACGAACCCUGAGAUUGUGCAAAAGAUGCUUCUUGACGACCCAAAAUUUUUCCAAACAUGGAGCCCUGAGCUUCAAGAAUUGAUCAAUGCGUCGCUUACCAACGAACAAACGCCCAAGGAUCCUCGGUUACUCAACAUGAGACCUCUGUACAUGCUUCCCAUCGGAUACACGUGGAAAACGUCCCCAGGCAUUGCACUAAUUGGAGACGCUGCACAUUUGAUGAUGCCAUGGGCUGGAGAAGGUGUCAAUCUCGCUAUGCGAGAUGCUCUCGAACUCUCUAAGGCCAUUGUGAGUGCAUGGGCGGAGGAUCAACAAUCGGGCAACUUCCAACAAGCCACCAGGCCAUUCAUUGCCGAGUACGAAAAGGAAAUGUUUGCUAGAUCACGAAGCUCAGCGGAAGAGACGUGGUCGAAUUCAAAGAUACUAUUUGGCGACAAUGGAGCCGAGGCUAUGGCGGAGUUGAUGGCGAGCUACGGGCCGCCUCCAGAGUGA